AUGAGUGUGGAUCCAGCUUGUCCCCAAAGCUUACCUUGCUUCGAAGCAUCCGACUGUAAAGAAUCUUCACCUAUGCCUGUGAUUUGUGGGCCUGAAGAAAACUAUCCAUCCUUGCAAAUGUCUUCUGCUGAGAUGCCUCACACGGAGACUGUCUCUCCUCUUCCUUCCUCCAUGGAUCUGCUUAUUCAGGACAGCCCUGAUUCUUCCACCAGUCCCAAAGGCAAACAGCCCACUUCUGCAGAGGAUAGUGCCACAAAAAAGGAAGACAAGGUCCCGGUCAAGAAACAGAAGACCAGAACUGUGUUCUCUUCCACCCAGCUGUGUGUACUCAAUGAUAGAUUUCAGAGACAGAAAUACCUCAGCCUCCAGCAGAUGCAAGAACUCUCCAACAUCCUGAACCUCAGCUACAAACAGGUGAAGACCUGGUUCCAGAACCAGAGAAUGAAAUCUAAGAGGUGGCAGAAAAACAACUGGCUGAAGAAUAGCAAUGGUGUGACUCAGAAAGCCUCAGCACCUACCUACCCCAGCCUCUACUCUUCCUACCACCAGGGAUGCCUGGUGAACGCGACUGGGAACCUUCCAAUGUGGAGCAACCAGACCUGGAGCAAUUCAACCUGGAGCAACCAGACCCAGAACAUCCAGUCCUGGAGCAACCACUCCUGGAACACUCAGACCUGGUGCACCCAAUCCUGGAACAAUCAGGCCUGGAACAGUCCCUUCUAUAACUGUGGAGAGGAAUCUCUGCAGUCCUGCAUGCAGUUCCAGCCAAAUUCUCCUGCCAGUGACUUGGAGGCUGCCUUGGAAGCUGCUGGGGAAGGCCUUCAUGUAAUACAGCAGACCGCUAGGUAUUUUAGUACUCCACAAACCAUGGAUUUAUUCCUAAACUACUCCACGAACAUGCAACCUGAAGAUGUGUGA